GACCUUAAAAAAAAACUUUUUGAGGCCUCGGGAGACCAGAAGGCCGGUACGUAUUUUGCACAAAGAAUUAGCAUUGCUAUCCAGCGUGAAAAUGCUGCCAGCCUUCUGGGAACUCUGCCAACUGGCGGUGAGCUAACGCAGAUUUUCUAUUUAUAAGUAGCGUUGCUUGUAAAAAGUUGGUGACUUAAAAAACAACACACUGUAUAUACAUUUCAUUUUAAAACUAAAACAGUUACAGCACUCACUUUUACGUUAAUCGGUGAAUAGUUUAAUUAAUGACAUCGUAAAAAUUACUUUAAAAACGCUAUAAAACUUUAAACUUUAUAACCUAAAGUGAAUUAAGAUCGACAUUAAUAGUGGCUCUAUAUUCAUAGGAUAGUUCAUUGCAGAGACUUCUCUCAAUUUACAAAUGGAUAAAAAACUGUUAUUCUUUUUGUUCAUUGCUUUAAGCGUUCACUUCCUCUCUGCUAAAGCCACAGACGACGGUGGAAAUGAACCUGAGAGCAGUACCGAUAGCCCCGAUCAGUCUUCAGAAGGUGGCCCCUCCUCUUCCUCACCAGGAAGCUCAUCGAAAUCUAAACAUUCUCAUUUCUCAAAGAAAUUAGGCAAGAAGAAACAAUCGCCAGAUGAGGGUGGAAAAGAAGCAGAGAGCAGUACCGACAACCCUGAUCAGUCUGCCGGAGGUGGCUCGCCCUUUUCCUGGUCAGGAAACUCAUCGAAAUCUAAACAUUCUCAUUUCUCAAAGAAAUUAGGCAAGAAGAAACAAUCGCCAGAUGAGGGUGGAAAAGAAGCAGAGAGCAAUACCGACAACCCUGAUCAGUCUGCAGGAGGUGGCUCGCCCUUUUCCUGGUCAGGAAACUCAUCGAAAUCUAAACAGUCUCAUUUCUCAAAGAAAUUAGGCAAGAAGAAACAAUCACCAGAAACCACGGAUGAGAGUGGAAACGAAGCAGAGAGCACUACCAGCAACCCUGAUGAGUCUUCAGGAGGCGGCUCGUCCUUCUCAUCAUCGAGCAACUCUUCGAAAUCUAAACUAACCGCCUUUAAAAAGAAAUUUACCAACAAGGAAGAAUCGACUGAAAGCUCCAGUGACGCGUCAUCGAAUAAAGAAAAAGUAUUAACACUUUUCAAUAAACUCGGAAGUUUACUUAAGAAGAUAUUUGCUUCGAAUUAAAUCAAUUAUUUUUCAAAUAAUUCUAAUUAACAAUAAACUAUACGACAGCAUA